CGAUGGCAGCAUAUUUAAAGAAAUCUCUGGCCGAACUAAGGCAGCAGAAGACAUCAGACGGUCGCACAACGAGCCACUCGAGUUCGAACUGCCAACUGGGACUGGAAACGAUGAACAGACACAGCUUCAUUUGGGCGCUAGCCGCCUGCUUAAUUGCAUGCGCCAGCGCUAACGGCUACGGCGGACAACAGGGCUACAGCUCUGGCGGCCAGGAGGCCUACGGCUCUGGCGGACAGCAGAGCUACAGCUCCAGCUCUGAUGGCGCUGAUGCGGCAGCUGCUGCAUCCGCUGGCGGUGCUGGUGAAUACGGCCAUGCUGGUGGUUUGGGCGAAGGCGCCGCUGCCGGCGCUUUGGCUGGUGGUGCUGAUGCCUCGGGCGUUGCCCAGGCCGGCCAGAGCACCUAUGGCUCUGACCAGAACAUUCCCUACAAACCGGUGAACACCAAGGGCAACACCCUUACCUCUUCGAUCACAUACCCACAGAACAAGGGCGAGAUUCUGAUCCAUCGUCCGGCCCCCAUCAUUGUGCGUCGCCCACCCACCAAGGUGCUGGUCAACCAUCCUCCAUUGGUUGUCAAGCCCGCCCCAGUUGUGCUGCACAAGCCCCCAGCAAUCGUGCUCCGCAAGGUCUACGUCAAGCACCACCCACGUCGCGUUAAGGUCGAGCCUGUCUUCGUCAAUGUGGUGAAGCCCCCAGCAGAGAAGUACUUCGUCAAUGAGAACAAGCAGGGUUACGGUCAAAGCUCCCACGGCGCUGGACAGGGUCAUGGACACCACAUUUUGAACAGGCCCGGUCCCAUUGUGUCCGGUUCCCAACAGCAUGGCCCCGGUGGCCAGGCUCUGCCCGCCUACGCCUCUGGUGCCGACAAUGCCGCUGCCAGCGCUGGCUACCAGCUGCUCCAGGGUGGCAACCAUGGUCUCUCCGCUCUGGCCAACAUUGCCGGCGACCGUGAAGGUAACUAUGGCAGCCAGAGCUAUGGUGGUCACGGCCAAUCCGGCCCCAGCUACUCAGCUCCGUCGUACUAAGCGCAACGCUUACGACGCUAGCGCUUCCAGCUGCCAGCUACCAGCCUACCUCUGGCUGGUCUUAGUUACUAUGUUUUUUACACGGCUUGGACGCCCACAAGGCGGGCGCGCAGGUUUCUUUGCAAACAAAUAAAAAAAAUUGAAAAAAAACACAUAUUUUGUUAUAAUUUAUUGUUUUCCUCAUUGGAUAUUUAUUAUGAUCACAGUUUAUAAUAUAUAGUUAUAAUCAGCAGAUGUAAGCUAAGUUAUUAUUAUUUAUUUACAGCUCCGCAUUGCGUCAAACGAAUGUCGCUUUUUGAAAUCUUAACGAUUUUAAUAAGGCUGUGGCGCCAGCUUCAAAGGCUACCAGACUGUAAGAGUCAAUGUAGUCUGGCAGGCUUUUUUUUCUGCCAAGUGGUACUUAUUUCCUCCUUGAGCAAUUUCACAAGGAAUUUAGUAUUUUUAGUUUUAUCAGUAAAAAAUCACAAUUAAUUGAUUCGCAAAUACACGAAAAUUAAAUUAAAAUAAAUUAAUACAACUAUUUUUAGACUUAUGUGAAACUUGUGCUUUUAUUUUAAAAUAAUCUAGGUCGCCUGGUGCCGCCCAUUUGCCGAUUUGAGAAUUCAGCAUAAAAAUCCGACACUUUUGUGAAACGUUUUCAGUUUGUAAGCAUAAAUCGGGCACAAAAACAAAAUAGCAGAGCUCACUGAAAAACCAAAAAAUACAAAGCGAAAAAAAACGAACGAACGAAACACUACGAAAAACUGUUACAAGUUCAAC